AUGGCACCUCCGACUUCCGCAAGAAUUGGAGUGAUCGGCGCGGGUGCUGCAGGCCUGAUCACCGCACAUACGUUGCUCCAAGACGGGUUUCAGAACGUCGAAGUCUUGACACGAGAUGAGACUCCGGGUGGGGUUUGGGCCGCGAGCCGCAUCUAUCCAGGUUUGUCUAUCAAUAACGUGCAUGGGGAAUUUAGGUUCUCUCCUCUACCGAUGCCUCCACCUGCGAAUUUCACUGUCACCGGUGGCCGGCUAUCUGGCGAUGACAUGCGAAUGUACAUGGAGACGUUCGCUGCCAAGUUUCUCCCGGGGAAGAUUCGAUACCGAACUGAAAUACUCAGCAUACGUCCGUCGCAGGACGGUGCAUACAGUUGGACUGUCACCGCCAGGCGUCUGAGUUCUGGCAACAUCGAGAGCAUUGCGUAUGACAAAAUCGUGUUAUGUACUGGGGGCUGCAGCGCGCCGAAGAUACCAGAGCAACUGACAUCCGAAAAGGCAAAGUUAGCAGGCUUCACUGGUCCUACAUUGCACUCGUCCCAGUUCCGCCAGAAGCUCGAUGCCGUCCUCAAAGCCGGCAAGAAUAGCGGAGUUGUCGUUGUCGGAGGCGGGAAGUCAGCGCAAGAUGUUGCGGCAUACCUUGCAAAAUAUAGCAUCCGUGUCUCCAUGGUUUUCACCACAACAGAUGCCGUGUUAGCAACUCCUAUCCCAUAUCCGGCGAUGAUCCGGAAAAGCAGACUCUUGUCGGUGCUGUCUCCCCACGUGGAGCUGAGAACUGGCUUAGAACGCUUCCUCCAUACUACUUGGCUUGGUGCCCACAUUGUACAUGCCAUGUGGGCUUUCUUGACUUGUGUCUCGUUUUGGGUACUCUCCGUUCCACCCAAUUCGCCCUUGCGGAACGCACCGGGCCUCUUUUGGACGGUUAGCACUAAUGACGAGGGGACUAGCAGAAAAGACGACUUCCACACACUGGUGAAAGACGGGAAGAUUGAACUGGUUGCGCCCGCCCGCGCCGCCGGCUACGGGGCCGACGGCCAGUCCGUUCUUUUGGAGGAUGGGAGGACUCUGCCAGCAAGUGCUAUCAUCCUAGCUACAGGAUUCACAUCGUCCUGGAAUGGUAUAUUCGACGGUAUGCGCCCUGCUUCGUUGACUACGGACUCCCGUUUACUGCCCGCCUCAGAUGCCACCAUUAGCGUCCUCCGUCUUGGCCGAAGCACAGCUAGUCUAGCCUCGCAUGAGGGACAUUGGAAAUAUGCCACCUUGGCGAGAUCACCGUCCAGCACUAGCAGUCAUGAUCAACGAGGCCCCUCGCUCUACAGAGGAAUCGUCCCAGCAAAGAACAUCACUCGCAGAAAUCUCGCAGUCAAUGGUGCUAUCUUCACGACAAACAAUGGGUACAUUGACGAGGUCACGGCGCACUGGAUCUCCUCGUACUUUCUCGAGGACAGUUUUCUCAGUCUGCCGUCGUCCCCGGAGGAUGCGAUGGCGUGGACUGAUAGGAACGCAGCCUGGCUUCGCACACGCUAUCCGGACUCUCUGUCGUACGCCAACGAAAGCUACAGUGGCGACGUAGCAUUCUGGAGGUAUGCGCAAAGCAGCUCUACGAACGAUGAGGAGCGGGGGAACGUCUUCACGUGGCCUUUUAAAGUCAUCGACCUCGACGAAAUUAAGCAUCUCCGCGAAGAGCGUGCUGCGCUCAGAACUGGCAGCUCGUCGUCGUCGUCUUCGAAAGUCUCCAGUGCGAAUAAAGAUCAAUGA